AUGGCCAGCAACGAAAUCCACAACUUUGUGGCCAUCUACAAUACCGAGCACGAGACUCUCGACCUCUCGAAGAAGGAGAGCCGCCACUCGCCCGAGGACAAGGCCAAGCUCCUCGAAAAAUACUCUGAUGUCCAUCCAGACCUCUUUGCUGUUAUCAGCAAAGCGACAGAAGUCAUGCAGUGGCCGCUCUUGUUCCGGCCGCCCCUCCCGACCUGGACCAAGGGUUGCACCGCCCUGGCGGGAGAUGCUGCUCACCCCAUGCUUCCUCACCAGGGACAGGGCGGUGCCCAAGGCAUCGAGGAUGGCGUCGUGCUCGGUCUUGUUCUUGUCGGAGCCACCAAGGAGACCGCAGCUGAGCGGCUCCGGUUGUACGAGAAGAUUCGCCGCAAUCGGGCCAGCAUCAUCCAGAUCUUCAGCAAUGCCGGCCAGGACCAGCCAGAGCUCAUCCGGAAGGAUGCGUCUGCCUUUAUGCCGGAAGACAAGAUUCCCAAGCGCCCCGAAGACUUUUUCGACUACAACUUCCGCUACGACGUCAUUGAAGACUCGGUCAGUCAGCUCAAGGAGCAAUUGCCGGCCUUCGAACUGCCGAGCAACUUCUUCCAGAACACACCCGGCAAAAUCCGUGCUUAA